GCACAUACUGUCCGAAAGACCCCGACUCUGAAUGUAAACACGUCCUGACGUGACGCAUGCGCACUGAGUCAAACGCAGUCGUAUGUUGGGGACAUUGUGCAGAUUCAAGCCUGAAAUGGGGGACAAACAGCAAUAAAAGUAAAGUCUGCAGACACACCCUGUUGAUAUCAACUCUAUAAGAGCCAUGGUUCAUGGGGUAGAGGUUUUUCUUCGCCAUGAAUAUGCGACCCGAAUGCUUUUCUAAAGUGGGAUUGUACUCAAAUAUCUGUGACUUAAGUUCAUCUCAAACACGACACCCAGUUAGUGUCCGAAGAGAGAUUGGAAUUUCUCUUGGUGACACUCAAGACAGGACCAGACAACAUCUGAUCUUGGACAAGACUGGGAAAGCCAAGCGGACUUCACUGCCUUUAAAGCCUGGAAGAGAGUUGGCUGUCGCUUCAGAGGCUGGCUCUGUGGGCACAGAAACACUGUCAUCUCAAGCUAAACAAAUGGGGGGUGAAGGCACCCCUGUAAAAAGUAAAACUCCUCUUGGACAGACCAACGCCAUUGAUAACAAGCCAGAGUUUGUAUCCAUGAAUUCACAUAGUAAUUCUAGAGACCCUGUGGGUGAGAAAAGCACCAAAGGGUUAGAGACUAUGGGGGUGUCUAAUGAACACUCGGAGGGCAAAAGGACAAAUAUGAGGAAGAUCACUAGUCAUCCUCAUGCACAAGCCACUUGCCUUAAGCAACUGCUUUUGCUUCAGCUGGACUUGAUAGAGCAACAACAGCAACAGCUGCAGACAAAAGACAAGGAAAUAGAUGAACUCAAAUCAGACAGAGACACGUUGCUUGCCCGUAUUGAGCGGAUGGAGCGCCGUUUGCAGUUGUUAAGUAAGGAACCUCGUGACAAGAGGCUCUUCCAGCCACUGGAGAGAUGGGUUCCUGACACGGAUGACUUUUGGGAAUCAGAUUUGGCCCACAGCCCACAAACUCAGGCCAAGUCAAGUGGAAAAGUGCAAAAGAGGAAGUUAAGUUUGUUAGACACAAAGAUGCAGAGGUCAAGAGGGAAGUCCUCUAGAGUGACCCCCCAAAAACUAGAGACAGGAGGGACAUCACCAUGUCAGCGUGAGCUGCGAAACAAGGAGACCCCGGAGAAGACGAAUGUUGCGAAAUCAUCCGGACAGACGGACCAGCAACCUGAGGGAGAAGACAGCAAAGAAACAGAGGAUCUUCCGUACAUGACAACGGAUGAGAUGUACCUAUGCUGCUGGCAGCAGCCUCCAGCCUCUCCUUUACGGGACGAGCCUCCAAAGAAAGAGGAUGAUGUUACAAUCCCAUCAUGGAGGGAAAACAUCAUGGAACCCCUUCAGGAGGAGGAUGCUGUUGACAUCCCAGAAAAUCUUGAUGACAGUGUUUUUCUGAAGCGGCACGCAAAGUUAGAACUGGAUGAGAAGAGACGGAAAAGAUGGGACAUUCAGAGAAUACGUGAACAGCGUAUGCUUCAAAGAUUGCAGCAGCGCAUGGAGAAGAAAAAGACAAAUGUUCAGGAGAACGAGCCAGAAGUGUCUUCGUUUUAUCCUAAUGUGGAUAAUGUGGAGGCUAUCAUGGUAACUCCCUUUCUGCCAGUAGUGGCAUUUGGUCGGCCUUUGCCCAAUUUGCCUCCACAGAAUUUUGAGCUGCCCUGGCUUGAUGAAAGAAGUCGAUGUCGCAUUGAAAACCAAAAGAAACAAACUCCCCACAGGACCUGUCGGAAAUGAGUCACAAACAGGUCCUGGGCACCAAACAGAGGAGCGUUCUUUCAUGGGGUUAAAGGAAGUAAAGCAGAGUUUGUUCAGUCAGGGAACAGAAUAUUAACCCAUCAUUAUGGUUUUGAGUCUGCCUGCACAGAGAAAGUUUAGGUGAGAAGAAAAUGGCAGCAUAUUACAUCUGUAUCCAUUUUAUUGUGCCCUGAUAAUAAAGCACCAACUGCCCAGCAAACUGCUAUUUCAGUUCCCUCACAAUCAAUGCGUGGCCUUGAUUUAAUCCUUUACUUGUAGUCCUGAGGCUAAAUGAUAUUGAUUAUUGCAGGCUCCACCACAAAUACUGUUUUAAUGUGCACUAAUCUGUAGUUAUGGAGUAUUGCUGCACAUUUGCAUGUGAUGCCUCAAUAUUUGUGUUGAGAAUGACUUUAAAGAGCUGGUUUUGUU